UCUUCCAUUUCUUCGAGUGUCACACGAUGAGUUCGGGUUGUGAGGAUUCGUCGGUGAAUACGAUGGGUAUUCGUGGUAUCCCAGAGCAAUGCGGAUGUGGUCGAAGAACUGAGAUUUACACAUCAAAAACGAAGGAAAAUCCAGGAAGAACUUUCUUUAGAUGCCCAACGUUUCGAAAUGAUCACUUGUACAAAUGGGUAGAUGAAGCUGUCUACGAAGAGGUUCACGAUGCAUUGCCUAAAGUUGAUUGCUUUGCAUCGGAUUUGAGGAAGCUAAAAAUGGAGAUCGACAACCUCAAAAAUGUGGAGGAACAGCUGAAAGAAGAUGUCAAAAAGGCUAGCAAUGAAGUUAAGAAGCUGAAUGUGAUCAUCAAAGUGGGUUUUCUAGUGGCAUCAGUUUCAUGUAUUGUGUUCAUCAUGAGAAAAUAA